UCGCAGCCACAGCAUCUGCUGCAGCGACACGGACAGCGGCCGCCUCCGUGUCCGGCGCGAUGGCUGUUACUAGUGUUGUGGCUCAUUUAACAAUAAUGUUUCUUCUGAUGGGUCGAGUCGCCUUCGUCUCUGAGACAAACGUGCGAGGAGUCACGGGACAGUCGAUCACACUGCCAUGCCACUAUUCUGUCGGAAAAUAUGUAAAAAGUGCGAUGUGCUGGGGUCGAGGACAGUGCCCUUUAAGCGGCUGCGGACACGUGUUGAUCGGAACAAAUGGAGACAGAGUAACUUCUGUAACAUCCCAGAGAUACAGUCUUGGUGGUAGGAUUGCGUCAGGAGAUGUGUCGCUCACUAUAAAUGAUCUACAGAGAGAAGAUAGCGGCUGGUAUUGCUGCCGUGUGGAGAUUCUGGGACUGUUUAAUGAUCUGAAAACGAAUUUGAAUCUCCGGGCUUUGGACGAAACCAGCACAACAUCUCCUUCAACUACAAUUGAGUCCUUGUCUACAGACCAUGGAAAUGACAUUGCUCCAUCUACUUACCAGGGUCUUACAACCUCUCCGUUUACAUCUCCCAGAGAUUCCAGUUCAACUCCACAUUUACCUGUUCCUGGUGAGCGUGUAAACAACCUGAUUUUUCUGCUUUGCUGGACCGCUCGUGUCUCAGUUUUUGUCUCUUUUCUUUCCAUCACUGUGCUGCUUUGCAAGUGGAAACGCACAUCCUCCAUCUGUCUGAACAGGAGCAGCACCAAGCCCGUGAGAGACUCCACACCCUUGCAGCAAUCACUUUGAUGUCCAUGGGAAGGCCUUCCCAUAGUGUACCAAAGAUUGACCACAUAUGUUGACUGAAAUACCCAUCCCAAGUGAGUAUGCAGGAUCCAGAGUUAGUACCAAACUUUACAGAAAAGUUAUGAACUGGAAAGAAAGUCUGAAAUUUUUGUGUACGGAAACAAUAUCCUUUCUUCUGGACUGCUGCUAUGUGACAAUAUCAUCAAAGUAACAAAUCAUUACAUAACUGAAAAGUUCUGAUGGCUUUCAUCUGAUCAAUACUGACUUCAACAGGCAUUUACAAAUGUAAACGGCGGAAAUGUACAAACACCAUUAAACUACUUGUACAUGGCUGAUGCGCUCCAACUUCACGGCAUGAAAGCAUUUUUUGGAACUACAAAUAAAACUGACCUUCUCUGGAGAGAUGGCAACACUACAGAUUACAAUGACUGAGCAUAUUGCUCCAUCUAUAAAUUUGCGUUGAAGGUGAAUUGAUAAAGCCAGGAAAGUAACUGAAAAUUGCCCCUCACCAAUAUGAAUUGUGAUGGAAAAAUAGCAGAAUGUCAUAUCAGAACUGUUUAUUGAAAUUCACAAUGCUUCACCCUGGCUUGCCUUUUUGAAAAUGGUAUUUUCUAUUUUAGUAUUUUCGAUAGAGUUUUUGGAUUAUGUGCAUGUUUUAUUUUUGGUGUACUUAUUUAUCAAUGAACGAUAUACAGUAUGUCUUAAAAGACUUAAUGGCGUUAAUGAAGGAACUGAAUGAUUUGAGAAUCAUUGGCGUAAUUUGGGUUAAUAAACCACAAAACGAUGUGAUGAUGUUGGGAGUACUGAGAUAAUUCAUCCUGGUUAGAUUCUGGAGUGGAUCUUGAGAUGCAUCCCUUAUUCUGUGUUAUAUUUUUGUCUUCUAUUUGAGUAAUCAUACCUGACUUGUUGAAUUUGAUGUGCCUUAUCAGGAGG